GUGGUGGGGAUGUGAUUCCUCGGGGCUUUUCUCUGAUAAUAAGGACGAAUCGUGCUCUCAACUACAAGUUCCUACGGCUAUAAUUCUGGCCAUCAUGAGCAACAGUGCGAAGCCUUGGACCUCACAGGAGCCACAUCCGGAUAUCACUUUUAUCAAUGCGAAUGUCGUCGAUGUCGAAGCUAGCAAGAUCAUUCCCAGUUGCACCGUUCGCGUCAAAGAUGGCCUGAUCGCAAAUGUUACGACUGGGAAUUCGUCGAACGUCCCUCAAGAAUCAAAGGUCGUCGAUUUGAAAAACAAGUACAUCUGUCCUAGUCUGAUAGACUGCCAUGUACACCUUACAGCGACUCCCGGAAACGCUGCACUCAAGGACCUGUAUGCAGCAAGCCCGAACGCCAUCGCGUAUCGCACUGCGUAUGUUGCACGGGAAAUGCUUCUGCGCGGAUUCACCACCGCGCGCGACACUGGAGGCGCUGAUGCCGCUCUUCGUGAUGCUAUCGCGGAGGGACUUAUUCCUGGUCCUCGUCUCUUCAUCGCGGGAAAAGCUCUCUCGCAGACCGGUGGGCACGGCGAUUUCCGUGCCAGUUAUCAGGGCAGUGAGCACAAAUGCUGCGGUGGACACUCCCCAUCCUUAGCUCGAGUGUGUGACGGGGUUCCCGAAUGUUUAAGUGCCGUUCGCGAUGAACUGCGCCAGGGAGCCGAUUUUAUCAAGAUCAUGUGUGGCGGCGGUGUUGCUACACCGACAGAUGGCCUUGAUAUGCUACAGUUCACGGCGGAGGAGAUUCGUGCCAUCACCACGACAGCGGCGUAUUCCAAGACAUAUGUCACGGCGCAUGCUUACACGGUUGAAUCCAUCCGACACGCUGUUGACAACGGGGUUCGUGGGAUUGAGCACGGAAACUUCAUUGACCGCGAGACGGCUGAGUACUGCAAAGAACGAGGAGUCACCUUUACUCCUACAUUGGUGACCUAUAAUGCCAUGACACAGCCUGCUUUCUCCCACUUCCUCGAUGAGUUCAGCCAACAAAAGAACCAAGUGGUUCUCAAGGGUGGUCUUGGUGCGUUGGAGAUCCUCCGUGACGCUGGUGUGACCAUGUGUUAUGGGUCAGAUUUGCUGGCGGGCUUGCAUAUUAUGCAGAAUGGGGAGUUCUCCAUCCGGGCACAGGUGUUAAGCGCCGGAGAAGUUUUAAACUCGGCCACCGUCAACGCAGCCAAGUACAUCGGGAUGGAGGGCAAGUUGGGUUGCAUCAAGACGGGGAGCAUCGCAGACUUGCUGGUUCUUAAUGCUAAUCCGCUGGAGGAUAUUGCCAUCUUAGAUCGUAUUCAUGAUAGUAUGGUUGGGCUUCUGAAAGAUGGAAGAGUGGUUACCCACAAGUUGGAUGGAUUGUCGGUUGAUCGCAUAUACAAUCCUUGUGGGGUUCAAGCAUGAAUAUUACAUUUCAGAUGCAGCUAGAAAAUACCUGUUCAUAGUACACAUCUACUGGCCUACGUGGUUGAGCAUGAUUUAGUUAACUAAAUAACUAGUUACCCAAUUCGGCGG